CACAUCAGUAUUUUGCAGAGGGGCCCCAUGCUCUGUAGUUACGCUGCUGGUUCGUUUCAUCAUAAUACACACAGUAUUCUUUUCCAAAGUGAAAGGCUGUUGAACUUUUUUAUUCCGUCUUCCUGCCAAAUGCAAAGAGGAAUGUAACUUCCCUCCCAUAACAUUCCAUAUUGUUGUCUUUCCUGCUCUGCGGAUGUGCUUCUUGGAAAAAAACUCCAAAAAAUCUUUUUCUAGCAUCUACUCUGCUGAGCUGAAAUGAUGGAGACCAGAGAUUAUGUAUGUGAACUUUAUCCUCCACCAAGUUACAGUGAGAGUUGCAACGAGCAAGAGUUGCGGAACAUCCCGAGCCAGCAAAGCCAAAUCACUGUUGUGACAAUAGUGCCAGAGAUCCCCCCAGUACGCGACCAUCUCAUCUGGUCACUGUUUAAUACCAUGUACAUGAACAUCCUCUGUCUUGGGUUGAUUGCUCUUGUAUUUUCCGUCAAGUCUCGGGAUAUGAAACAGCUGGGAGACAGAAGCGGAGCCCAAAGCUAUGGAUCUACAGCCCGUUCUAUGAAUAUUGCUGCAACCACGCUCUCCAUCCUCUUUUGUGUUAUCACCAUUAUAGUAGUCAUGCUCGUUAUUUAGAAAUUCAUGGCAGUUGAAAUAAUCUAGGAAAGAAUAAAGCAAGGAUUUAGAAAAUAAACUUUUUGCAGCUGCAGACAACAACUCUCAAA